AUGAGGUCGCCAGCUCCGGGCGAAGUAAUGGACAUUGGCAACUUGAUGAAUCAAAGAGGUGCCGCUAUGCAACAACACGCUCCCAUGCCCACCGGAUCGACCCCGGAACGACAGAUGCCCCAUCUCCCUCAGCUCACAGCGAGAAACAUGCCCGAACCACCCAUGGACCGCGCUGGUUCUCCUCAUGGCUCAGAACACUCUCACUACUCCCGUCACACUAUGGACGGUGUCCCGCGAUCGUAUCCUUCACCUAGCGCCAUGGUUGGCGCCCCAAUGCCCAUGCAGGUGCCUGUUUCUCACAUGGCCCCGAUUUUGCCUGGCAUUCCGCAGGAUAUGUCUCAUGGAAUGCCUCAAUACAAGGCGCCUGAGCAACAGGCACCGCAACAGCCUACGAAGGCCUAUCCGUGCAGCACCUGCGGCAAGGGAUUCGCCCGUCGAAGCGAUUUGGCUCGUCACGAACGCAUUCAUAGUGGCAUCCGUCCCCACGUUUGUGACUUUCCUAACUGCGGAAAGCAGUUCAUUCAACGAUCUGCACUUACUGUUCACCAACGCGUCCACACCGGAGAAAAGCCCCAUAUGUGUGAACGUUGCGGCAAACCUUUCAGCGACAGCAGUUCCCUCGCCCGUCACCGCCGCAUUCAUUCUGGCAAGCGUCCGUACAAGUGCCCUUAUGCCGAUUGCCAGAAGACCUUCACCCGCCGUACCACUUUGACGCGACACCAGAAUCACCACACUGGCACUGUCGAGGAGGCUGCUGCUGCUACCGCCGCAGCUCUCGCUGCGCGCGGAGCCGUUGCCAAACCGAACUCGGCCCGCUCUGACGGAGAUGCCAUGUCUAACCGUGGCUCGCCUCUGACAACGCCCUCUCCCGGUCAGCGAACGCUUUCGAUGUCCCCUAGCGCAGACAGCAUGCACCGCGCCAACGCCGAGUUCCAGUAUAUGGGCAACAGUUCGCUCCCAGUGCACCUUCAAAGGGACAUGCACGUUGGUAGUCCUGCAUCGACAUCCUCGACUGGCUACAACACCAGCAUCAGACCUACUUCCCACCCUACGGGCUACGGGCCACCCCCCACACUGGAGCCUAGCGUUGAGCAGCAUUCUGGUCCUGGCAGCGCAGGCGGUAGCCCUCACAUGGGCAGUGUUGGCUGGCAGUCCCCAUCUCAUGUGCCAUCGCCUUCGCAUAGCAGCAACGGCGGCAACGGAUAUACGUACCCCGAUCCCGAUGCCUACCCAGCUGCUCCCUCCCUUGGAGGACAGAUGUUCUACGGCAAUGCUGCACAAGUUCGCCGGCCUCAGAGCACAGAGCCCCCUGCCGCCUACGACCUGAAGGGUCGCCAGAGCGAGCUGUGGGCGGGUGCUCACUAA